UCGCGCCAAAUUUCCAAGAUGGCGGUCUGACCUGUUCCGACACGGAGUAGUUCUGCAAAAGGUUUCCCACUUUUCCAAGUUAUUUGAGGAGUGAUUGUGACCGAACUUGCGUAGAAUUAAACAAUUUGUGUUACUUGUGUGGCGUUCAAGUCACCAAUCCGUGUUUUUCCCCGGUUGUUCAAAGAACAGAACUGUUCCGGGGGCAAGUGGAGUAAAGAACGUACCUGCUUUUGUUUUCAAAAAAGUGCGGCAAAAUGAGUUUCCUCCAAAUAGUUUACGACGAUGAGGCUUCUGAUAUCCUAUCAGAGGAGAAACUCCAAGACACGUCCUCCCUAUUGUUGGAGGGUGUUAAUGACAUCACCGAUGAUAAUACUGGGCAAAAUGUGCUCGAUAAUGUGGUACAAAUUGAGGAAACGCCAAACAUAAUGGUCGAAUGGACCAGGAAAGAGACAAAUUUUCUGCUGAAAAAGUACAAUAAAUACAUUGUUUGUACCGGCCCUAAUAAAAAAUUCAGAACGAAAAGACAACUGUGGCAACGCGUGUCUCAAGAUAUUAAAAAUGAAUUAAAGAAAAACCGUUCAAGUGCUCAGUGUGAGAAUAGAUAUAAAACAAUAUUAAGGAAAUGGAGGAAGCAAGCAGGAAAUGAAUCGUUUGAGGAUGUGGAGCUUGUUCUCACGAAUAAUAAACGGAAAGGGAGGAAGCAAGCGGAAAAAGAAUCGACUGAGGACGUGGAGCCAGUUCUCACAAAUAAUAAACCUUCCUCGUCUGGGAAUGAACCAAAUAAAGAAACAGAACUUUUAAGCCAAAAAGACGCUCUUGCGGACGUCCUGUGGAAGAUAUUUAAACAGAAGGAGGAAGGGCGGGAGAGAAGACACCGGGAAAAAAUGGAACUCAUCAAAUCUCUAUUGCAAAAUAAUUGAUAAAUAAAUUGUACUUUUUAAACCGACUUGGUGUUUUUGCGUUGUUGUGUUGGCAGUUGAAAAAUGAGAGCGCAGGCGUUAUUUGGCGGCAAUAAACAGUAAAAUAAAUUGUAAAAGUGUAUUAUUUAUUGUGUGCUUAUUGUUAUAAGUUAUUUCAUGUUGAAAUUCACACUAUUUACUUUCCCAGUAUCUUUUUGUAGAAUGGAUGUGUAAUUCGAGUGUAAACUUUGGGGGUUUUUGGUAAAAUGGCAUCGGGAAUUCACACAAUGUCGCCUCAGAAUAGCAUAAACUUGAUCAGUGUCUACGGUAAAGAAGAGUUCAAUCUGCACGAUUUUGAGGAAAACCAGAAUUACACGCAAUACAGCUUCAGUCCCGAGUUCUACAAUUACGUGAAUGGAUCACGAUCUGUAAUAAAGAAGAUGCCAUUGAAUUUGACCUCACACCAAAAAACCGUCAACAACAACAUCCAAGUGAAAAGUUUAGAGCAGCGAGGUAAUAACUCUCCACAGGAGUGCGAGAGCGACGAGAACAGCCUCUCACAUUCACCCCCUGACAAUAAAGGAACGAAGUUUAAGACGGCUAAAGAAACUGAAAGUGAAUUCAACGAGACGUGCAUUUAUCAGCCAAACUUGUACCAACCAAACGUUCGCUGCAGCAAAAACAGCAAGUAUUACUACCGCGGUGGCCAGAAGAGAUUUUACAACAAUCUGGAAGAGACUGAGAGAAAAGUGCACGGGUUAAUGCGCCGUUUCCAGUCAAGGGCGUACAAAAUGAAAAUCGAUGCCAAGCCCCAAAUUUUGCUAAAUGGGGGCCCUUGGGACCCCCUGAACCAAGCAAUCUGGGACGUGUUUACGAGCAAAAUACAAAAGGAAGAAACCUACACAAGCAAACUCCACUUGUGGAAAUCAAUAUUUUUAUUUUUUCGGAUGUUAAAUAACUAUGGAUUGUAUUUAGUGGGGUCCACGAUGUCGGGCUUCGCCCUCGAGGGCAGCGACAUCGAUAUUUGUCUUUUAACGAAACCCAUUAGUAGCGAGCCGAGGAUUGACUCGUUACACCAUUUGGAUUAUUUGCAGCACGCUCUGCUGGAAAAUGGUCUGGCAAGCGAAGCUGAACUAAUUAUGGCGAAGGUUCCGAUUCUAAAAUUCAAAAAUAAAGAAACCGGAUUUGAAAUUGAUUUGAAUUGUAAUAACAUUGUGGGGAUUCAAAAUACAAGACUGUUGUAUUGUUAUGCCCAACUUGACUGGAGAGUGCGACCUCUGGUGGUUAUGGUGAAGAUUUGGGCGCAAAGAAACCACAUUAAUGAUGCCAAAAAUAUGACCAUUUCGAGCUACUCGUGGACGUUGAUGGUCAUACACUACUUGCAGUGUGGGGUGUUCCCAGCAGUGCUCCCUUGUCUCCACAGCUUGUACCCCGAAGAGUUCAACACGCUGGAAAACCGGUCGUUGGACGUGCAGGGAGGAGUGGAAGGUUUGAAAGACUUUGAAUCUGAAAACACACGCUGUCUCGGUGAUUUACUGAUCGGUUUUUUCCACUAUUACUCCUAUUUUAACUAUCAACAUUAUGCUAUUUCAGUACGUACCGGUUCACGUAUACCGAUUGAAAUCUGUAAACAGGUAAAAAGUCCUAAAAACGACCCCCACCAAUGGAAAUUCUUGUGUAUUGAGGAACCUUUCGAUCUCUCCAAUACUGCCAGAUCCGUGUUUGAUUUGGAAAUUUUCAAACAUAUCAAACAAAUCAUUUCGGCCUCGUAUAAAGAACUGGCGCGCAACAAACAACUGAGUAAUAUACUUCCGGUAGCGCAGUUGAACGGUCAAAGAUAAUCGAGUUGGUUGUAAAAAUGAUGGGAUUUUGUGGCAAUAGUGGCCUUCUGAUACAUUCCGUAACUUUUUAAGCAAUUGAAUUUGUUCUAAGUAUAAGUUGUAAGAGUUUCUUCGGUGUUGAGUCCGGUUUAUUUUUUCCAAGGGGAUUCUUAUUGUUGUUACUGUAAACUCUCUGUGAUUUUUUUUCGCUUUAUAUAAGAAAAAAUAUACCAAAAAAAUACAUAAAAUUGCCACAAUGAAACAUUUUUAAAAACUCAUUGUGGACGAAAAAAAGUAUUAUUUUGUACAGGUUCGUGUUUAUUUUUAUACUUCGUUUGUAAAUUAUAAGUAAAUAUCGCUCUCUCAUAUUUUUACGCUUAAUGUUACGAGAGGUUAACUUAAUCGUGCUCGUAAUUUGGUAAAACAUACAUAUCAAAUACGGGUCUAGAGACUUAGCCUUUUUCGAAAAAUAAAAAAAUAAAAUAAAAAAGCAACGAUUACACAUAGUUCACCACCGUCUGAGAUACAAACCAAAAAUGAUUUGCCAUAAGUACGAAUCACAAGUCGAUGUUAAUUUGAGACUUAUAAAUAUUGUGAUUUAUCGUCUGAUCUCAGUACUACUUUAAUGUAAUAGUCACAAUGUGCCAAAUGUUAAUUAAGGUUAAUUCUAAACUUGUAAUUAGACAAUAUUUAACAUCGGAUACAAUAAUUGUAAACAAUAACUUGAAAACUGUUUGUUUACGUAGGAAUUGUAGUUGAUCUUUAUCUUCAGGAACUGUGAACAUUUUCCACUAGUUAAGACAGUGUUUGUAAGAUUUUUGAAUGUUCCAUUUUGUAAAGCGGAGAUUCAGUGUUGAACAUCAAAUUAUCUUUAAGCUGUUGUUCAGUUCAGUCAAUAUAAUUCAUUUCAUAA